AUGUCAUUGCAAAAGUUAACUGCUGAAAUAUAUGCACUUUUUGAUAAAGGAGAUUAUGAAAGUUCUCAACAAUUACUUGCACCUAUAAAAAUUGAAUUAAUUAAACAUAACUUGUUAGUUCCAUUACCUUCAAAUACUGUCACCAAAGAUCAAAUCAAUGAUUUAAAAAUUGCUCAAAGAAUCUUGGAAAUUGGUGCAUUAUCAUCAUUAUUAACAAACAAUUAUUCUGGAUUUGAGAAUUAUUUUGCUCAAUUAAGACCAUUUUAUUCCAAUGAUAAAAUACACAACUUGAAUAAGACUCAUGUUAAUACUGAUACUACCAAGAUUAUUUCUUUAUAUUUGUUGUAUUUAUUGAGUCAGGGGUUAAUUUCUAAAUUUCAUGUUGAAUUAGAGAUUAUCUACAAUUCAAAUCAAUAUGAUGUUGAAAAUGAUAGUUUUUUACAAUUCCCAAUUAAUUUGGAAAGUAACUUGAUGGAAGGUAAUUAUAUCAAGAUUUGGAAAUUAUUGAAAGAAGAAAAGAAUUUACCAUGUGUGGAAUACACCCAUUUUGUUGAAACUUUGAUUAAUGCUUUAAGAUAUGAAAUUGCAAAAUCCUUGGAGAAGACCUAUAGUUCAAUUCCAAUUUCAAAUUGUAAGAAUUUAUUGUACUUACCACAAGAAUUAUCUGAUGCUAAUUUCGAGAAAACUUUGAAGGAAACUUAUGAAGUUGAUAACUGGAAAUUUGAGAAUGGAGUUAUCUACUUUACAAAGAAUGAAAACGAAACAAAUAAUGUCAAUAACCAAUCAGUUAUCAAGAAUGUAUUGGGAUACGCAGAGCAAAUCGAAUCUAUUGUAUAG